AUGGCGAUCCAAAAGAAGCACGGAAAAGGUCGUCUCGACAAAUGGUACAAGCUCGCCAAGGAGAAGGGCUAUCGUGCGCGUGCCGCCUUCAAGUUGAUCCAGCUGAACAAGAAGUACAACUUCCUCGAGAAGAGCAAAGUCUUGAUUGAUCUUUGCGCUGCGCCCGGAUCAUGGUGUCAGGUCGCUUCCGAGGUUAUGCCCGCGCAUUCCCUCAUCGUCGGUGUCGAUCUCGCCCCAAUCAAGCCCAUCCCGCGAUGCAUCACCUUCCAGAGCGACAUUACCACGGACAAGUGCCGGGCGACUCUGCGCCAACAUCUUAAGCAUCUCAAGUGCGAUACUGUCCUCCACGAUGGUGCGCCCAACGUCGGAACUGCCUGGGUGCAGGAUGCCUUCACACAAGCAGAGCUCGUUCUACAAUCCAUGAAGCUGGCUACAGAGUUCUUGGUCGAAGGAGGAACCUUCGUCACCAAGAUCUUCAGAUCCAAGGACUACAACUCGCUCCUCUGGGUGUUUAACCAGCUAUUCACCAAGGUCGAAGCAACCAAGCCACCGUCCUCCCGAAACGUCUCCGCCGAAAUUUUCGUCGUCUGCCGCGGUUACAAAGCCCCAAAGCACCUCGAUCCUAAGUUCCUCGACGCCCGCAGUGUCUUCGCCGAACUCUCAGACCCCACACCGAACAACGAAGCCAAGGUUUUCAAGCCUGAAGUCAAGAAGAGGAAGCGUGAGGGUUACGAGGAGGGCGACUGGACACAGUUCAAGGAGGUGCCUGUCUCUGACUUCAUCCAAACGACUGAUCCCAUCGCUAUGCUGGGAGGCUUGAACAAGCUCAGCUUCGAACAGAAGCCAAACGGCGACAUCGCUGUCGCGACCAUCGACAAGCUCCCGGAAACAACAAAGGAAAUCAGGGACUGCUGUGCCGAUCUGAAGGUCUUGGGUCGGGCUGACUUCAAGCGCCUUCUGCGUUGGCGUCUGAGGGUGCGCGAGAUCUUUGGUUUCGCAACCAAGAAGACUAAGGCUCAAGAAGAAGCCAAGGCCAAAGAAGCGCAAGAAGGCGAUGAAGUCGCUGAGAUCGAGUCAAUGGACGAGGAGAUGCAGAUUCAAGAGGAGUUGGAGCGACUGAAGGAGAAAGACUCCAAGUCGAGAAAGAAGCAGCGCCGAGCUGAGAACGAGCGGAAGCAAAAGGAGAUUACUCGUCUACAGAUGAACAUGGCUACACCCUUUGAGAUCGGUCUGGAACAGGCCGGACCAACUGGCGAGGAUUCCAUGUUCGCCCUCAAGGCAGUCGACAAGGCCGGUGCUCUGAACAGGAUCGCCAAGGGUAAGAUGGCGCAAGUCAUUGAACGCGAACAGCCAGAGGAAGAAGAGGAGGAACCGGAGACUGACGACGAAGAGGAUCGUCUUGAACGAGACCUUGACAACAUGUACGGGGAAUACGUUGAGCAGAGAUCGGCGCGAGACGCCAAGUACAGAGCAAAGCGUGCGAGGAAACAGGACGACGAUGGAGAGUGGAAUGGUUUCUCUGACGGAGAAAAGGAACAAAGUGACGACGAAGAGCUUGUACAGUCCGAGAGCGAUUGGAGCGAUGACGAGGAGGAAGGCCCUAAGAACCUCAUCACCGACCUCGACAACGAAGAGCAGCCUAAAACAGGUCUCACCAAGCGCGCAGCACGAUUCUUCGACCAGGACAUCUUCAAGGGCAUUGAUGGACUCGAGGAUCUGGAAGAGGAAGACGACGACAGUGGUAUCGAUGUUGAAGGUGACACCGAGAUGAAGGACGAAUCUGCCACACCCGCGCCAGCUACUGAGAAGGAACUGAGCAUAAGAACGGCUACCAAGGCUGCCUCACCCUCAGCAUUCGACGAGGAAUCCUCGGAUGAUGACGACAAGAUCGAAGAAGUCAAGCGCGACGAAGACCAAUGGGAGCAGGACAGCAUGCCCAUGAAGAACGGCAGGCCCGACAUCGACAUCAUCACCGCCGAGGCCAUGACCCUCGCUCACCAGAUGGCCACAGGCCAGAAAACAAAGUACGAUCUCCUCGACGAAUCCUUCAACCGCUACUCCCUCCGCGACGUCGACGGCCUACCAGACUGGUUCCUCGACGACGAAAACAAGCACUCCAAACUCCAGCGUCCCACCACCGCCGCCGCAGCCUCCGCCAUCAAGGAAAAACUUCGCGCCCUGAACGCGCGACCCAUCAAGAAGGUCCGCGAAGCGCAAGCCCGCAAGAAAUUUAAGGCCGCCCAGCGCAUGGAGAAGCUCAAGAAGAAGUCUGCACUCCUCGCAGACGAGGAGGGUAUGACGGAGAAGGAAAAGGCACAGAGUAUUGCGCGCUUGAUGUCGAGAGCUGCCAAGAAGAAGCCCAAGCAGAAGGUCAGUGUUAUCGUGGCUAGGGGUGGUAACAAGGGUAUCAAGACUAGGCCCAAGGGUACGAAGGGUAAGUAUAAGAUGGUGGAUGCUAGGUUGAAGAAGGAUGUGAGGGGUGAGAAGAGGGCGGCUAAGAGGAAUAAGAAGAGGUGA